CUCUAGCUAAACUCUUUCAUUCUAUUCUCUUUAUCAAUCCGAGUGAGAGAGAAGAAAAUUUAUACGUAGUGUGAAAAUGUUGGGAGUGUUUAGCAGCUCGAUCAUGCCUCCGCCGGAAGAGUUGGUGGCAGCGGGGAACAGGACGCCGUCGCCUAAGGCCACAGCGGCGAAGCUCGUGGGCCGAUUCUUAGAGGCCAAUUCCUCGGCUGUGUCGGUUCAGAUCGGCGAUCAUGUUCAGCUGGCUUACAGUCAUCACAACCAGUCUGCUUUAAAAUCAAGAUCAUUUGCAGUCAAGGAUGAAAUAUUCUGCUUGUUCGAAGGAUCUUUGGAUAACUUGGGGAGUCUGAAGCAACAUUAUGGGCUUUCUAAGUCUGCAAAUGAGGUGCUGUUGAUGAUUGAAGCAUACAAGGCACUACGUGACAGAGCACCUUAUCCUCCAAAUCACGUUGUUGGCCAUCUUGAGGGGAAUUUCGCAUUCAUAGUUUUCGAUAAGUCGACUUCUAAUUUAUUUGUAGCUACGGACCAAUUUGGCAAAGUUCCUCUCUAUUGGGGAAUUACUGCCGAUGGAUAUGUGGCAUUUGCUGAUGAUGCUGAUUUACUCAAGGGUGCUUGUGGCAAGUCACUUGCUUCUUUCCCACAAGGAUGUUUCUUUUCCACAUCAGUGGGAGAACUUAGAAGCUAUGAGAAUCCUAAAAACAAGAUCACUGCUGUUCCUGCUACUGAGGAAGAAAUAUGGGGAGCAAAGUUUAUGGUCGAAGGGUCAACUGUCCUCACAGCCACAAAGUAAAAGAGGACCUCUCUCUAAAUCCUGAUUCAAAAUCUCUCAUUACUGCAUUGGAAGCUAGGAAAGUGGACAAUGGCUGGGAAAACAGGGCAUGAGUGAGAGCUAUGUAAAUAACCGAGUGAGAGUUGCUUUGAAGUUUCAGUAGAAUAAAGAGUAACUUUAAGUGUAAAAUUUACUAAUUUAGGGUACCUAUGUUGUUUGCUGUCUUCAGUGCCUCUUGAAACAGUAUUAUCAAGAGUUUCUAUCAGCAUACAGAAACCUCUUCCAGUGUAAUAAAGUUUGUUUCUAAGUCUCUA